AGGAGAGACCAUCGAGGAAAGAGUGAGCAAGAGAGGAAAAGAGAGAAAGGGCGAUACCGUUGAGGAGAGCAAGGGAAUAAGAGAGCGACAGGAAAAUAGAGAGAAGAGAGUUGAGAGUUGGCAUGGUCUGUGUCUCGGCUGACAGAGCCUGUUGCUCUCUUUGGGCUGCCUGGGUCCUCAGUCUCAGUCACAGCAGAUGCUGAGGUGACUGGCUGCUGCAGCAGACGUCUCUCUCUCGCUCUCUCUCUUUCUCACUCUCUAUUUCUAUUUCUCUCUUGCUCUCUCUCGGCGGAAAGAUUUGGACGGUUGUCUCACCACGUCAAGGAGGGGAGUGAGGAGAGGAGCUGUGAGGCUGCAGUCUGGGUAAUAAAUCCUAUCACAACGCAGCAGAGCACCGAGCAACACAUAGAGGGCCAGCUAGAGCCUUUCCUCUCCAGGCUGCAGCUCUCUAGAGCACCACAGCACUAGUCACUCCAUUGCCAGGAUAAGCAACUCAAGAACCCAAAAGAAUCUCAGGCAGCAAUGGGCCGACAACAUGGAAAGUGAUAUUGACUUUUAUAAGCAUUUCACUUGGCUUAAAAGGGUUAACCUCUGCUCCCCGGUGAACAAUGAGAGCUAUCAGGAGCGGCUGGUUCGCUUAGAGGGGGACAAAGAGUCUCUGGUGCUCCAGGUGAGCGUGCUCACAGACCAAGUGGAGGCCCAGGGAGAGAAGAUCCGAGACCUGGAGAGCUCUCUGGAGGAGCACUACCACAAGCUCAACUCCACUGAGGAAAUGCUAAAGCAGGAGCUGCUGAGCCGGACCUCAUUGGAGACCCAGAAACUGGAUCUGAUGGAUGAGGUUUCCUACCUGAAACUGAAGCUGGUCGACAUGGAUGAGGAACAGAACCACAACGACAGCAGCGAGGACCAGCAGAACAAAGCUGAGUGUGUGGUAAAUCUGAUUAGCGAGCUCCAGGAGCAGAUGUGUAGGUUUCAGGAGGAGAUCCAUACCCGGAUCAUGGAGAAACGGGCCAUGGAGGCCCAGGGGGAGAGUGGUGCCCGCAAGGCCUACAACCAAUGCCCCGACGUGGGCUUGGGUGGCUCUGACGUGGAGGAGUUUUGCUGUCGCUGUGGAGGACAGAAUGGCUUCCUGCAAGAACUCCGGUUUCUCAAGAGUAAAGUGGAUGAGCUGGAGGGGGAGAAAUCGCAGUAUGAGAAAAAACUAAAGGCCACAAAGCUGUCUAUCUCUUACUCUCUCCAUGUGUGUUACCAGUCGCUCUUGUCCAAGCUCUGUAGCCUGAAGCUCACUGUAGAGCACACUCAGGUAGAGAAGCAGCACUGGGAGGAGCGAUGGCGGACCGCUCAGGCGGAGAUAGCAGACCUACAGCAGAUGCUGGCUUCCAAAGACUCUGCGAUUGAGGGCCUACAGAGCCAGCUGGUCUCCAGAGGCCCAAUGACCAAUGAGAACCCAGAGAGAGUAGAGGAGGUGUAUAGGAGACAGCUGACAGACAAAUACCAAGAAUUGCAAAGGUUGAAAAUGGGGAUGGAGUCUUUAGUAGCAACUAAUUAUGAGAAAGACCGUCACAUAGAGGAGCUGACUGUUCUCCUGGGCCAGUACAGGAAGAUGAAGGAGGUGAUGGCCCUCACUCAAGGGUCCAGUGAGAAGCUCCUGGUUGGGAGCAGUGAGGAGGAACUGAGUGGGAGUCUGAAGAUGAGGGCUCUCACCCAUAAAGCUCAUUCAGACAUCAUCCGGUCAGCGAUGUCUUCUAGAGGCUCCUCUCCCCUGUUAGUGUCUCCCUCGUCCUUCCAGAAAGAGCUGGACUCCAGCUGCCGCAGUAUCCAGACCUCCCUGGAGACGUCGAUGGUGAUGGUCUCCCAGAGUGAUGCUGGUUGCUUCUACACUGGAGAAUGGUCCCAACAACGGAUGCUUUCAAGUAGCCUGGAGGAGUUACAAAGUGGAUCGUUACCAAAGCAUGUCGUGGUGGGUCAACCAGUUGAACCGGUUUCAGAGAAUCAGCACAUCGAAAUGAACAAAUAUCAGACCCUACCAGGGAAGCUGUCUCGACCUGACAUGAAUGGGGAUCGAGAGCAGUGUUCUACGCCAGACCAGCUGUCCCCUGACGAUAGCGAGGACAGUGAGUUUCACCUAAGAAAGUCGGAGAGACUGGAUGAGUCCACACUGUCAGACUUGUCUCCCCUGUCGUCUGGAGUGGACUCAGGACAGCAGUCCCCUGUCUCUCCAGAGAACAAGAAGAACCACCGGGGCAUCAAGAAGCUCUGGGGAAAGAUAAGGAAGACACAGUCUGGCAGCCUGCAGGGAGAGGACCUUGAACCUGGAGAGUUUAAGAGGGGGGGACUGAGAGCCACCGCCGGCCCUCGCCUGGCCCGGGCCGGAGAGACAUUGACCUCUGUGCGGGAUCUGAAGACGCCCUUCUCCAAGUGGACUCCGGAGCAGGUGUGUUGCUGGCUGGAAGAGUAUGGGCUGGGCCAGUAUGUGAUUCUGGCCCGACACUGGGCCGACAGCGGGCAAACUCUCCUCUCUGCCUCACCACAGGAUUUAGAGAAGGAGAUGGGGAUUAAGAAUCCACUGCACAGAAAGAAGCUGCAGUUGGCCCUGAAGUCGUUCAGCACCAAACUGACAGAGAAAUCGUCUGAACUGGACCACAUCUGGGUCACACGUUGGCUUGAUGACAUUGGUUUACCUCAGUACAAGGAUCAGUUUCACCAGGGAAGGGUAGACGGCAGAAUGCUUCAGUACUUGACAGUGAACAACCUCUUGUUCCUGAAAGUGACCAGUCAGCUCCAUCACCUCAGUGUGAAGUGUGCUAUCCACGUCCUCCACGUCAACAAGUUCAACCCCAACUGCCUGAAGAGAAGGCCUGGAGAUGAGAACAAGACGUCUCCCUCGGAGGUGGUUCAGUGGUCUAACCACAGGGUGAUGGAGUGGCUUCGCUCGGUGGACUUGGCGGAGUACGCUCCCAACCUGAGAGGCAGCGGGGUGCAUGGGGGCCUUAUCAUUCUGGAGCCUCGUUUUAACUCAGACACCCUGGCCAUGCUGCUCAACAUCCCCCCUCAGAAGACCCUGCUGCGACGCCACCUGGCCACCAACUUCAACAUGCUGGUGGGCUCCCAGGCUCAGCAGGAGAAGAGGGAGUUCAUGGAGUCGUCUGGCUACACUCCCCUCAGCACCACAGCCAAAGUCAGGCCAAAGAAGUUGGGCUUCUCAAACUUCGGCCACCUGAGGAAGAAGAGAUGUGACGACUCGACUGACUACAUCUGCCCCCUGGAGGCGGCCCAGGCCCAGGCUCAGCUCCAGGCGGUGGUGAACGGGGCCCACCGGCCCUACUCCGGCUUUAGGGGCCUCAGCCCAAUCCUGGACAGAGACCCAGACAGACGAGAGCAGGUGGGGCUAUACAGCUGAUGAUGUCACACUACUGUAUCUACCUACCCAUCACUACUCAGCUUGCAGCCAAUAACCCCACCUCUGCCUGCCAUGCCCAUCCAACGCUACCCAAAACCCACUCCAGCACACCCACCUCCACACCCCUCACGUGCCAUGAUCUAACACCCAACAACUAAACCUAGCCUGGGGCAUGAGCUGCUUCUGGAUACUUAGGCUGUUUUUACACAGGAAGCCCAAUUCUGAUCUUUCUUCCACUAAUCGGUCUUUUGACCAAUCACAACAGAUAUUUUUCAGAGCUGGGUUUAUUGGUCAAAAUACCUAUUAGUGAAAAACCCUCCUAUGUUCUCUGUGGAUCUACAAGCCUAGUGUUCAGCUGUGAUAUAUCAGCCAGAGGUGUCAUGUACCAUUAUUUUAGAGGUGGCACGAAGUAUGUAAAGAUGUACGGGUGGUGUCCCCCUGGAAGUUGAAGAAUUUUGCAAUUUUCAAACACCUGAAACAGCUUUUUCCUGGCAUCUAGAGCCAUAAUCAUUAUACCUAAUUCAAUGUUAAAAGAAAAAGACAGUUUUUCUGCAUCGGUUAUCUAAAUAUACCUCUUUACCUGUUCAAUUGUAAUUUGAAUGAGGGUGUCAUUCUGACUGUUGUAAAUCCCACACCUCAAUAUAUUGCACUAACAUGCCUAUGAUGUUAUUUCCAAAUGACAACACAGCACGUGGGAUCAUAACAGACAUCAGCAAUACAGGAACAUAUCAUGGCAUCCUAAUUACAACACAAAUAACAUGAUAUUAUCAUAAGGUGCCAGAUUACAUUUAAACCAAGUCUUUUUCUGCAUAUCUAAGCAUACCUCAUGAGCUGUCAGUAUCCUCCUGACUGGCGCUUCGUUUUUUUAAAGAAAUGAAAUGUGCUUCUGUGCAUAAAUCUGGGUAAAAGACUGAAGGAAUUUGAGUCUUAUUCAGUACAUUUAGUAAUUGCUUGCAUUUCCAAAAUUUGGCAACCUUGCCAGCAGGCAUGGCAUCUAAGAUAGUUGGACAAGCUACUCUAACUUGAUUGACAGCCCGAAAUGGCUUGAUUGCUUGUUAUGAGGUUGGGAGACCGGGAACCAACUUCAUAAAAUUGUAAGUUGACUAGUAAUACAGGGAAACAACAAAACAUUUUAGUUUUAUUUAUUCAUUAUUAAGAAUGAAUCAAUUGGCUACAUAGCUUGAUCAAAUUCAUACCAUCUGCAAAAUACUGCUUAGAGAUAUUUUUUAUAAAUAAUUACGACAAAAUGUGUGCUUAAAAUUGAAGUUUAGUAAAUCAUUUUACAUGUUCCCUUGUGCCCCAUAUGAGCAUGACGCUUCUGAUAUUAUCACAUCAGCCCUUUAAUGCACUAAGAUUAUACCACUGACGCAAACAACAUUGUGCAUAAUUUUAUUGAUCCUUUUAACACACAUAUUUGAGAUUCACCUAAUGGUAUUGAUCCAUUGUUUAUAAAAUGUUUUUCUAACCAGUAGAAAGCAAUGUUGCAUGUUUGUCAGACAGUUGUGGAAUGAACUUGUGCAAUAUUUGCAUAUGGAGGUAUAUAUUUUUGUUGGUAAAUUGAAAGAAGUACAAUGGAAAGUACAAUGAGAUUGUGUAGCUGUGUACAUUUUGACGGAAUCCAGAUUGUGAGUAUCAUGCACUGUUCUUUACAAAUGUGACUGUUAUAAUAUUUUUAUAGUUAAAGAUUACGCUUCAAUCAAGGAAGCCCUCUUGUUGUCAUUAAUUGUAAAUAGUACUAUCCAAAUCCGUCAAUAAAAAUCAUAAGUGUGAUAAA